AUGAAAACAACGAUUAUAUUCUUAAAAAUCUUGGUGGAAGAUUUGAUUCUUGAUGUAAAAGAACUUGAUAAAUAUUUGUGGUUAGGUGGUUUAUUUGGUCCUUUCCAAACCGAAAAUUACAAUUAUGAAAGAAAUCAAGAUAUUAACACUUUAAUAACUCUACAAAUAUAUACAUCUUCGCAUGAUUUCGAUAUCACCUCUCUCUAA